UUAUUUGUUAAGUAACAUAUGACUACAAGUUGACUCUCAUGUCACACACUAGAGUGGCUCUCUCCGAUUGCUCAUUGCUUUCUCUCCGCACACCUUGGUUUCUCCCUCGCUUCAACCGUUCCGUUAAUAUCGACAAACAAACAUUACCCAACAAAAUCAUGCUUUCUCUUCAAGCAAAACCCACUGCUGCUCCUGCAAUGUUGAGGAGACCGCUGUUGUUCGCCUCUCGUUUCGCUCUCUCCCUUCUUCUUCUUCUUCUUCUUUUCUGCUUCGAUUCUUCGCUCUCACUCACUACUGACUCAGAUCUUCUCGAUCGCACCAAUGCAACCGCCUUCAAUGCCUCUUCCUCCAAGCCAAAGGACGGUAGCUUCGCUGACUUGAUCGAUCGGGCUCUCGAGAAGGAGUUCACAGAGAAUGAUCAACCCGAAGCUGCUGAUGCUGGAGGCUUCAACAACAGUGUAGCUGAACAUGAGGCAGUUCUGGAAACUGUUGCCCGAGUUAAGCCGAAGAAGAAUGACACGAAAGAGGAAAAGUCAUUUCAACUUCACGAUGUUUUCGACAAUGGAGCAGAAGACACACCUAUGUUGAUAGAUCGGAAGGAUAAUGUCUUCAUCAUAUCUAAUUUUAAAACAAAAUAUCCAGUGUUGCAGCUUGAUAUAAGAUUGAUAUCAGAUUUGGUUGUUGUCAUCGUUUCUGCAACUUGUGGUGGCAUUGCGUUUGCAUGUGCUGGACAACCGGUUAUUACUGGAUAUCUGCUAGCAGGAUCUAUUAUCGGACCAGGAGGGUUUAAUUUUGUUAGUGAAAUGGUGCAAGUUGAGACGGUGGCUCAGUUUGGUGUCAUAUUUCUUCUUUUUGCACUAGGCCUUGAGUUUUCGACAGCAAAGCUUCGAGUUGUCAGAGCAGUUGCUGUUCUUGGUGGCCUGCUUCAGAUUUUCCUAUUCAUGUGCUUGUCUGGAAUUACAGCCAUGUUAUGUGGUGGUAAAUCUUCAGAGGGUGUUUUUGUUGGCACAUUCCUCUCAAUGUCUUCGACAGCUGUGGUAUUGAAGUUCUUGAUGGAAAAGAAUUCUACUAAUGCUCUUCAUGGCCAAGUCACUAUCGGCAUACUUAUUCUGCAAGACUGUGCUGUUGGUUUGCUGUUUGCUUUGCUUCCAGUUAUGGGUGGAACUUCUGGUGUUCUUCAAGGAGUAAUAUCCAUGACUAAAUUGUUGGUGAUGUUGGUUUCCUUCUUGGCUGUUUUGUCGAUAAUCUCUCGAACUGUUGUCCCUCGCUUGCUUAAAUUGAUGAUAAGCCUGUCUUCUGAGACCAAUGAACUCUAUCAGUUGGCAUCAGUGGCAUUCUGCCUACUUGUAGCCUGGUGUAGUGAUAAGCUGGGUUUAAGUCUAGAACUGGGUUCAUUUGCUGCUGGUGUGAUGAUAUCAACAACCGAUCUUGCUCAACAUACACUGGAACAAAUUGAACCAAUACGCAACUUUUUUGCUGCUCUAUUCCUUGCCAGCAUUGGGAUGCUGAUUCACGUUCAUUUUCUAUGGAACCAUGUUGAUAUAUUGCUGGCAUCUGUUAUAUUAGUAAUUAUUAUAAAGACAGCUGUAAUCGCUACUGUGGUCAAGGGGUUUGGCUACAGUAACAAGACAUCAUUUCUUGUUGGAAUGUCUCUGGCGCAGAUCGGGGAAUUUGCUUUUGUCCUUCUCAGCCGUGCUUCAAAUCUUCAUCUAGUUGAGGGAAAACUUUACAUGCUGCUGCUUGGGACAACUGCUCUUAGUCUGGUUACUACGCCUCUGUUUUUCAAGCUAAUUCCCGCUGUAGUGCAUCUUGGGGUGCUUUUACGUUGGUUCUCUCCUGAUAGUUCCAUUGAGAUUGGAUUUAAAGGUGACAAUAUUCGGUCGGACAGUGGUAAGCAGCGGAUUGCUUUGAUGGUCCAAGGACCUCAUGACUCGUGAACACCAUAUGUAGAUGAACUGAAGUAAUUUGCAGUUCUGCCUACAAAGCACCUUAAGCUAUUGGCAGUUUUCACCACGAGGCAAACGUUGAUUGAGUUGUUUUUCUCCACUCCUAUACAAAGCUCCUCAAGGUUCUCAUUUUCUGUUAUAUAUGAUUAAUCUAACUGAGAUGAACAAAUCAAACAUCAAGAUUGGAAGAACUAGGAAGACAUAAUCUAACCGCUUGAAGGAAGGUCUGAUGAAGCUUCGCCCAAGACUCAGGCACUCAUUAUUUCUCAUUAUUCUUUUCGAUAUAUCAUGGUUUUCUGUGUGGAGGUCAGUUCCAUCGUUGAGUUUUGGCAAUGGCCUUUUGAAAUUGUACAAAUGUCAAAAUGCAUCGGUUUUUUUUUUUUUUUCUUACUAUAAGUUAUCAUUUUUAAAUCACGAUAUUAGAAGAUGAAGCAGUGCCAAUUGUGCUCAUAAUCACUGCUGAUUUCAGAGAUUGUAACACAUUCAUUUGAAGGUGUUAGCGGAGUAACUUUUCAUGAACUGCUUCAGGUCGGGUGAAGAAGUUUGUCAAAUGUAUAUGAAUGUGACUUUGUUUGCCUGGAAGUUUGGUACUCUUAUUGCUAAAGAAUCAGUUCAGGGGAUUCAAAUAGGAUUCCUUUUGUGUACAUGGAUUGGACA